CCCUGGUGUUUGUGGACUUUUCCGAAUUAACAUUUUUUAGCCUCAAAGUUUGGAUCUUUUUUGUCGGGAUCGAUCGGAGGAGGAGCUGGAGAUGGCGAGCGCGGUGGACCCAGCGGGAGAUCCAAUCCCAACGUCGGCGGUGCUGACGGCGGCGGCGAAGCACAUUCAGUUCAGCUGCCAGGCCGAGAACGUGGCUUUCCUCAAGUGCAAGAAGAAGGACCCGAACCCCGACAAGUGUCUCGACAAAGGUCGUCAGGUCACCCGAUGCGUCCUCACCCUGCUGAAAGAUCUUCAUCAGAGGUGCACAAAGGAGAUGGAUGCUUACGUCGGGUGCAUGUAUUACAAUACAAAUGAGUUUGAUUUAUGUCGCACAGAGCAGGAGGAAUUCGAGAAAAAGUGCCCAUUGGCAUGAGAAUUCGACCCCUAGUUGCUUGGGAAAUGCUUCCUUUCCGUGCAGGAAAAUUUACACCCUUUUAAAGCAUGAUUGAUUUCUCUUGUAUUGCAGUUGGUACUGUAAUGGAAUAAUUGGUUUAAUCAUGAAAAAACCAAUCCUUGGUUUCCUUUUUAACUUUA